AUGGGAGACUCCCCCAAGACUCUUCAGGACAAAGUGUGUGAGUUUCAGGCUCGUAUUCGCUCUGAGGAAGUUGCCCGUCAGCUGUUGGCGCAGCAUCACAGCGUCCAAAAGCAAACGCUCAAAGACUUUCGAAAGCUGCAGGAGCAGCAGUCAUCGACCACACCUAAUGGUGUGACGGUGCUACAGGCCGGAGAACAUUCAGAUUGUUUCAGGUGUUCAGAGAACGAGCAGCUCGUUAUUCAGCUGCGCACACAGGUGGAGGAGCUGGAGGAGGAGCUGUUGGAUAACACCCAAGAGGUGGAGAGACUUCGCUCUGAGCUGGGGGCGACAGACCUGGAGAAGCAGCUGGAGCGGCUGCUGGUGGAGAACGAGCGUCUGAAGCAGGAGCUGAAGUCAUGCAGGAGUUCAGAGCUUCAAAAGCUCGACCCGGCUGCAGAAAGCUGCAGCUGCUGCCCCCACCGCCAGGAUGUGGAGCUGCUGAGGAGGGAGGUGUCCCGUUGGCAGGUCCAGGCCCGUCAGAAAGAGCAGCAUCUGGCUGAGGUGGAGCAGCUGCUGCAGGAGAGGAGCUGCAGAGAAGAGGCUCUGCAACAGCAGCUGGAGAAGUUCAGGAGGAGGCAGGGGGAGGUGGAGAACCAUCUCCGCCUCCGACUGCAGGAGUAUGAAGAGGAGCUCGACUGUCAAGCUGCCACAUCCCCGAGAGUCAAGUUUGUGGCUCAGACGCUGACGGUGGACUCAGCACACACACACAGAACUACGGCUGAGGUGCAAAAGAAGAAUGACGCCCUGCAGGAGCAGCUGAACGUCCAGAGGCAGCUGCUCAGAGAGCUCGAGACGCAGCUGCACGACUCGCAGAGAACCUGCGCCCAGCUCCGGACCCAGAUUGUCGUCUACGAAGGGGAGGUGGAGCGCGCUCGAGGUCGGCUGGAGGUGGAGGUGCAGAACCUGGAGGAGGAGAAAAACCGUGUGAUCGAGGAGGCCUUCAUCCGAGCAGAGAGCGAGAUGAAGGCCGUGCACGAGAACCUGGCAGGGGUGCGUCUGAACCUGCUGAGCCUUCAGCCGGCUCUCAGGACUUUGACCUCGGACUACAACUGUCUGAAGAGGCAGGUACAGGACUUCCCCUUCAUGCUGGAGAAGGCCAUCUCUGAGGCCAAGCAGGAGAUCUGUCAGGUGAUCAACGAGGUGAGCAGCACCAACCAGGAGCUGCUGAGGAAAUACAAGCGGGAGAUGAACCUGAGGAAGAAGUGCCACAACGAGCUGGUCCGACUCAAAGGGAACAUCCGAGUUUUCUGCCGGGUCCGGCCCGUCAGUCAGGAGGAGCAGGACUCCGUUGACGCCAGAAACAUGCUGAGCUUCGACUCUGAUGAUGACGCCAUCCUCUACCUCUCCAACAAGAGCAAGAUCAUGACGUUUGAGCUGGACAAAGUGUUUCCGCCUCAGGCCACGCAGGAGGAGGUGUUCCAGGAAGUCCAGUCUCUGGUCACUUCCUGUAUCGACGGCUUUAACAUCUGCAUUUUUGCUUAUGGGCAAACAGGAUCGGGGAAAACCUACACCAUGGAGGGUGUGACCGAUGAUCCGGGCAUCAACCAGCGAGCGCUUCGCCUGCUGUUUUGCGAGGUGACAGAAAAAGCUCCAGACUGGGACUACAGCAUCACUGUCAGCAUGGUGGAGAUCUACAAUGAGACGCUGCGUGACCUGCUCGGGGAGAAUCCCACAGAGAAACUAGACAUAAAACUGAACCCUGAUGGCAGCGGACAGCUUUAUGUCCCCGGACUGACCGAGAUCACUGUAAAGAGCCCGGAGGACAUCAACAAGGUGUUUGAGUUGGGUCAUGUGAACAGAGCUACAGCAUGCACCAACCUGAAUGAGCACAGUUCACGUUCCCACGCCCUGCUCGUCAUCACCGUGUCUGGAUCCAACAGCACCACCGGAACCUGCACGCAAGGGAGGCUGAACCUGGUGGACCUUGCGGGCUCAGAACGAAUUGGGAAGUCUGGCGCGGAGGGCAGCCGGCUCCGAGAAGCUCAGUGCAUCAACAAAUCUCUGUCGGCGCUCGGUGAUGUCAUCAGCGCACUGCGCAGCAGGCAGGCCCACGUCCCGUUCAGGAACUCGCGCCUCACCUACCUGCUGCAGGACUCCCUGAGCGGAGACAGCAAGACGCUCAUGAUGGUGCAGGUAUCUCCGUUGCCCGGCAACAUGAGCGAGUCCAUGUGUUCGCUGAAGUUUGCUCAGCGAGUUCGCAGUGUCGAGCUCAGCUCCUCGUCUUCAUCGUCCAGGAGACCUGAGAACUCGUCCACCUCAUCUUCACCCACCCACAACAGCAUGGAGCUGGACUCCCCUCCUGUGACGCCGGUUCCCCUCCCCAUCUCUCGGGCCAGCAGCACCGGAUCCACAGUGUCCUUGACCUCCAGAACCCCCAGCAGCUCCCGCAGGAGGUCCCAGUCCCAGCUGUCCACAGGACGACUGAAGCUCACAGCCUGAUGAAAC